AUGAUAAAAAGAAGAAGAUACGAUAUUCAUCAGGAUAGCGGAGUAGUUAAAUAUAAAGGCGGGAGAGAUAAACCUCUGACACGGUGCUGCGAUCCUGUUGCUAUUUUCAUCACUCACCAAGACUUUAUACAGGGGGCGGCAGAGAGGGCGGACGGUUUUGGUAUGGGUAGUACUCUCCGCCUCCGUCUACGAGAGAGAAGCGCGGGGAGGUUACUUCCUAUGUACUUUCAAUAUAGAAGAGGGAAGGCUACACCUGUUAUGAAGGUUGAAUUGGAUAGUAGAAAUGCGAAGUGGUAUUACUUUGUCUUGGAUAUAACGACAGAGAAGCCACACCGUCACUGGUUCUGCAAUCUGAUAAAUCCAGAAAAUCUCGAACCAUAUCAGCAGCAUCUGCAAAUUCUUCUGACAAGACGCGAAAAUGUCUACUUUACUCUCGCGCAUGGGAUGACCAUUGAGCUAUCAAAAAGGAAUAUGUCAAUGUUAGUGGAAUUGGUAAAAUAUUCGGAAGUAAACAGGCGACAGCAAAAGUCUGCGAAUCCUUUGGCUGCUAGAGUAACAUCUGUUUCAAGUAUUUUUCCAACAGAUACUUUUGAAUAG